GCAGCGGUGCAGUAGCGUUUCUACAGACAGGGACGCAGUAAUUUAGUGAAUUAGUCUUUUAUAGAUUAGAGAUUUGGUGUGCUUUAUAGAUUAAAGAUGUCUCAAAUUGUUUCUGAUGAUCUGAUCUGCCUCGAGGAGCUGGACAGAGGAGAUAAAGUAGAGAUGGUAGUGAAUCUUUAUGGGAGAGCAGACCUUGUAAGAAGUCAAGACCGUGGCACAGAGGACAAAAACACAAAGGGGAUCUCACAAACACAAAAGGUAACAGAGAGUUGCACAAUAGGGAGUAGAUUCUACAGACUGAUGGCAGCGUGUCUGGGGCUACUUUGUGUUCUCCUGCUGACGGCCAUUACACUGCUAUGGAUCAAGACAUAUUGGUUACAGAACAGUUACACCAACCUGACUUUGGAGAAAGACAGGUUACAGACCAAUUACACUAACAUGAUUAUAGAGAGAGACCAGUUACAGACCAAUUUCACCAACCUUACUAUAGACAGAGACCAAUUAUAUUCUAGUUACACCAACCUGACUCUAGAGAAAGACCGUUUGACAACAGAGGGAGAUAAACUCCAGAGAAAGCUUUCUGAAAUUGAAAAAGCAAACCAGAAGGGAUGGCUGUAUUUCAACUCCAGUAUUUAUUACAUCACUACUGAGAAGAAGAACUGGAGGGAGAGCAAAGAGGACUGCAGAAAGAGAGGAGCAAACCUGGUGAUCAUAAACAGCAGAAUGGAACAGGACUUUAUUGAGAUGUUGAGACGAGGUCAGUGGGCUUGGAUUGGUCUGACUGACAGCGCCUCAGAGGGGGUCUGGAAAUGGGUGGAUGGCUCAGCACUGACCACUGGGUUUUGGAAAGCUGAUGAACCCAAUAGUAGAACAGGAGAUGAAGACUGCGUCAUAACUGGCUAUGUGUCUGAUCCUGUAAAGAACUGGGCUGAUUACAGCUGUAAGGAUGACUUUGUUUGGAUCUGUGAGAUGAGAAUAUUUAGCUGAAUUGCUGCACAUGACUCAUUACCAACAUACUGUUUUUUGAACUUGCCUUCUUUUCAUUAAGAUUUGACCUGUUUGCUGGUGAUAUCUGUUUAUCUCCUGAUACUAAUUGUUAAGAUUCACAGAGACAGACACAGACUUAAUGAACCGAAUGGUGAUAACCUUAUGUGAGUUUUCCUUGGUCAUGGUAGAGAUAGGCACCAACCAGUGUCUAUCUAGCAAGCAUGAGCAGCUAUUAACAAGAUAGCCAGCAUCAUAUAUUAAAACAGCAGUCUACACAAAUAUCUUAAACUACAUUAACAGCUGACAUACACUAUAUUCCCAAAAGUAUUCGCUCGUCUGCCUUCACACACAUAUGAACUUGAGUGACAUCCCAUUUCUAAUCCAUAGGGUUUAAUAUGAUGUCGGCCCACCCUUU